AUUACAAAGCGGCUGAACUGUUUCUCUCUCCUCCGUAAACAACAAUAUACAGAAGAAUCCUCAAUCCCCAGCCAAAGGCCCUCACCUUCACGUACGUCGUCGUUUUGCUGCUGCUCUCUCUCUCUCUUCCCUCUUCUCUCUCUACACAUGGCUGCGAGGCCGCCUCACUUUCUGUUCUCUACUCCUCGCUCCAUGGUAGUGAAGACCCAACACUCCAUCCGUUUCAAUCACUUUCUCCCGUCAGCAAUUAAAAGGCCCAACUACAAUACCACUGAAAAGUAUGGAGGUCCUCUGCGAAGCAGAAUGAGGUGGAGUGGUUCUAAACAAGGGCGGAGCCAGGAAUUUUGCCAACGAGAAGAUGAUCGUGUGCCUCCACAUGAAGGAUUGUCCUCUGUUGCAGGAGGAGUUGUAGCUUUAGGAAAGUUCGAUGCCCUGCACAUUGGUCAUCGGGAACUUGCGAUCCAGGCAGCAAAGGUUGGAGUUCCAUUUCUUUUAUCAUUCGUUGGAAUGGCAGAGGUACUUGGUUGGGAACCUAGGGCUCCCAUAGUUGCAAAAUGUGAUCGUAAGCGUGUUCUUUCCUCAUGGGCUCCAUAUUGUGGUGACAUAACACCCGUCGAGUACGAGCUUGAAUUUUCGAAAGUUCGGCAUCUUACUCCCCAUCAAUUUGUUGAGAUGUUGUCAAAGAAACUUGGAGUGCGUGGGGUUGUGGCAGGCGAAAACUACCGGUUUGGAUACAAAGCUGCUGGUGAUUCAUCAGAGCUGGUCAAGUUGGCUGAGGAGUAUGGGAUGGGGGCGUACAUAAUUAAUAAUGUCAUGGACAAGAACCAAUACUAUGGAAAUAUGGGCUCAAGUAAUUUGAAAGAGCAAGGGCAGGUCUCAUCUACUCGUGUUCGUCUUGCUCUUGCAAAGGGAGACAUGAAGUACGUCUCAGAGCUUUUGGGUCGCCAACAUCGUCUUGUGGUAAUGGUGAAAGAUCAGGAAUGGUUAGUUAGCAACCAACACAGGCUGUCAGCUCGGAAAUCCUGUUUCCUAAAUCUUCCACCAAAGGAGGGGCUGUACAAGAGUUGCUCUGUUUUAAUCGGCAAUGAUAAAAAUGUAGUGCCCUGCAAAGUAACAAUUGAUGCUAGUGAUAUUCAUUUGGAGUUGCAUGAUGCAGCUACUUGUAUGCGUAUUAUUUCUCAAGAUUUUCAGUGCUUGGGUAUCGACUUUGGUGAGUCAGGAGCUUGAUUGUUGUCGGCGGUUUUUAUUUAACUUUCCUCCCAAUUAAUUGCUUCAUGGUUCAUAAGUUUUUAUCAUUCUUAUUGUAACAGGAAGAGGGUGUAUUUGUUGUAGAAGCUACGGGUUGAUUCGUAAUCAAUUAUCUGGCCCAUCAUUGCAUUUGUCAA